AGGACACGGACACACACACACACAGAAGCCUCUUUUCUCGGUGCCUGCACUUAUGCCUGGUGCAGCUCUUUCCCAGCCGUCCUGCCAACCUGCUGCCGCCCGCUGCCCGCGCUGCCCCGGAGGAGCCGCAGCUCAGCCCCGCACCGGGACCCCGGGCAAGGGGACCCCCCGUUUCCCCCGCCGCAAAGAGGGGCCCCCGCCGCGGGCUGCCGCCACGCACGGAGCCAGGGCAGAGCAUGGCCCCAGCCCUCCCGCUGCUGCUGCUCUGGCUGUUUGCCCCCACAGUGGUCCCGCAGGUGUUUGGCCCCGGAGAUGGCACAGAGGACCUCAAGGCUCUGCAGGUCUCCAUCCCACGCCACCCAGCCCUCGACCCUGUGCUGGCAGGCGACAUCACCAUCCCCUGCCUCAUCACCUACCUUGGCCCCCAGCCCACUGCCGGCACGGGUGGCCGCCGGGCUGUCCUGGGAACCCCCCGGGUCAAGUGGACCUUCAUCUCUGAGGGCAGGGAGGUGGAGAUCCUGGUAGCUCGGGGGGACAGGGUGAAGGUGAGCGAGGACUAUCGCCUGCGCGCCUCCCUGCCCAUCUUCCACCAGCGCUACACCAACGCCUCCCUCCGGCUCACCGAGCUGCGGCCCAACGACUCGGGGAUCUACCGCUGCGACGUGCAGCACGGCAUCGAGGACGGCCACGACAUCCUCCAUGUCAAAGUCAAAGGGGUGGUGUUUCACUACCGGGAGGGCUCCAUGCGCUACGCCUACACCUUUGCCGAGGCGCAGGAAGCUUGUGCCCGGAUCGGUGCCAGCAUUGCCACCCCCGAGCAGCUCUACGCUGCCUAUCUGGGCGGCUACGAGCAGUGUGACGCCGGCUGGAUCGCCGACCAGACCGUCAGGUACCCCAUCCAGACACCCCGCGAGGCCUGUUAUGGAGACAUGAAUGGCUUUCCUGGGGUCAGGAACUACGGGGUGGUGGACCCAGAGGACAUGUACGACGUGUACUGCUACGCUGAGGACCUCCCAGGGGAGAUCUUUUUGGAGACGGCCCCAGCCAGGUUCACGCUGGAGGAGGCGGUGGAGCGCUGCCGGGCGCUGGGCGCGGAGCUGGCGAGCCCGGGGCAGCUCUACGCGGCCUGGAACGCGGGGCUGGACGCCUGCAGCCCCGGCUGGCUGGCCGACGGCAGCGUCCGCUACCCCAUCGUCACCCCUCGGGAGCGCUGCGGCGGAGCCCUGCCGGGUGUCAAAACCAUCUUCCUCUUCCGCAACCAGACGGGAUUCCCCGAUGCCCAGAGCAGAUACGAUGCGUACUGUUUCCGAGAAGGGACAAACUCUUUCCCUGAGGCUGCAGGAAAAUACCAAGCCCAAGAGCCCGAGGAGAAUCUCCUUCAGGAGAUUGUCACAGUGGCAGAAAAGCUGGAGGAGCUGCAGCUGCCCAGAGCACCAGUGGAGCUUGAGUCGCGAGGGGCUAUUUACGCCGUCCCUUUCUUUGAGGACGCUGAGCUGGAAAAGCCGAGCCCGUCCCCUGAAGACACACCAGGGCCAGGGGCCCGGCACCCCCCACUAGAUACCUCCGUGUCCUCAGAGGAAGAACAGGGAGCAGCGCCGGGCAGGGGCCCUGGCAGCACAUCAGCGGAGAGCCCGGGCGGAGGGCGAGACCCCAGCCUGGAGCCGGACGGAGCCCCCGGCACAGAGACACUCUCCGUGGCCCCGCGGCUGGGCGCAGAGGGACCCACCGCUGUCCCAGCAGAGCGCCACAAGCCCGGCGGGACGAGCAGCCCCGUCCCCGCCGCUGAAGACGCCGAGCUCUCCGGAGACGUGGUCGAAAGCCUCGGGGCUUCCCCGCUGCCCGCUGCGCCCUCGCAGCCGCAGGAGGAGGGAGAGGAGCUGUCAGGGGCCCCGUGGUUCCCCUCGCCUGCGGCCCCGGGGGACGGGAGCACCGUCCCCGCAGCGGAGGCAACGGCGGUGCCCGGCGGCAGCCUCGCCCCAGCCCUGGAAGGAGAGGAGGCUGUGCCGCGACCCCCGGGCGCUGACCGCGGGAUGCCUGCUGCACCUUCCCGGGAGGAGGAGGAGGAGGAGGAGGAGGAGGAGGAAGAGCAACCUGCUCCCUCCGUUGCAACCGUGGAGGGUUUCCUUGCAGCCGUUCCUGGAGAACCAGGUGGCUGUGUCCCCAACCCCUGCCUGAACGGAGGGACCUGCACAGAGGAUGACACCCACGUCACCUGCCUGUGCCUGCCCGGCUACGGAGGCAGCAGCUGUGAAAGACCGCUGAGGAGGUGCAGCCCCGGCUGGGACAGCUUCCAGGGAGCCUGUUACAAGCACUUCUCCACCCGGAGGAGCUGGGAGGACGCAGAGACCCAGUGCAGACAUUACGGGGGACACCUUGCCACCAUCCUGACCCCUGAAGAGCAGGACUUCAUUAAUGACCAGUACAGGGAAUACCAAUGGAUCGGCUUGAACGACCGGACCAUCGAGGGGGAUUUCCAGUGGUCUGACGGGAGCCCCUUGCUCUAUGAGAACUGGCACCCCGGGCAGCCCGACAGCUACUUCCUCUCUGGUGAGAACUGUGUGGUCAUCGUGUGGCACGACGGGGGUCAGUGGAGCGACGUGCCCUGCAACUACCACCUCUCCUACACCUGCAAGAUGGGGCUGGUGCAGUGUGGGCCCCCCCCCGCCCUCACCAACGCCCGCGCCUUUGGCAAACCAAAGCAGCGCUACGAGAUCGGCUCCACGGCGCGGUACCAGUGCCGGCACGGCCUCGUCCCGCGCCGCUCGCCCGUCAUCCGCUGCCGCGAGGACGGCACGUGGGAGCCGCCCCAGCUGGCCUGUCGCCCCGGCCUGGCUCAGCCCCGUGACAACUGAGUGAGUCCCCGGGGCAGCAGCCACCACCUGCCCAGGCCCUGGAGCUCGUGGGGAUGGGGAUGGCACUGGGACACCGGCACGGACACCAGCGUGGGAUGAAACCUCACUGUUGAGUGUCUGCCUCCUUGUUUGUUUUAUAUCUGUACAAAGAAAUCCUAAUAACUAAAGACCCCCUCGAAAGGAACCGACAGUGACCUGAAAUGCAGCACAACGGGAGUUUUGUUCCGGCAGUCACAACAGAGUCGAAAUCAAGGGGGACACCAUGGGCAGGGGAUGGCAGUGACAUGCCAGUAUCACCUUCAGCCUCUUUUUCCCACCUCUGCCCCAAGGGUUCUCAUUCUGUGACACCCUGGUGGGGGGUGACAUGGGGACAUCCAAGCUCUGCUGCAGCUCAGCACCUUCCUGGGGUGUGGGGGUGCUUCUGCACUUCCCAGGAAAGGCAGAAGUCACCACCGCAGGCUUGGAGUUGUGUACGUGUUGCCCCAACCUCCUCUCCGUGCUCCUGUGGGUAUUAAAACAGUAAACGGAUGGUGCAGAGUGGUGGCCUGG